UUAGGCACUGUUAAGUUACAUGGUACAGUACAGCCUGCUAUAGAAUCGAAAUGGUCUCUUUAUAGACACCAGUGUGGGGUGGGUGUCAUCAGAUAUUAAACGUGCUGAUAUAUUGAUUUGGAGAAAGGUGACGGGAUGUUUUCAAUAUUAGUGGGGCUUGCAACGCCACUGGUCACUGUGUUCUAGAGCCUUGUUGUAACUACUCCUCGCCUGUAGGGGGCUCUGUCUACGUUUCCUCGUCUUUCGCAGCGGAUGGGCUUUCCUCUGUCUCUCCUCUCAGAGAGUCGACCUGCCUUCUUAUUUACAGCAUGGCUGAGUUGUAUGAGGGGUUCACGUUGUGCGGACUCGCAGCCGGCCAGAGCCGGGAAAACUCAGGGAUACUCGGAAUAGAACCGGGGAGAGACGCCGACCAUGUCAUAGUCACGGGCGCGGGGAGUACCGUAACCGUCUACAAGGUUUCAGACCAGAAGCCUUUGGGCAGCUGGGCAGCUAAGCAGGGACAAGCAGUCACCUGCCCUGCAGUGCUCCACGGGCAGACUGGGGAGUAUGUGGCGGUGCACGACAGAAACGUACUGCGAAUAUGGAGGGAUGAAGAUAUAAAUUUUGAAAAAGUAUUCAAAGCCACACUCUCAGCCGCUGUGUCCCGGAUCCACGCCCUGCCCUCCUCGGAGCCCCUCGUUCUGUUCCAGAGGGGUGCAGUGCGACAGCUCGAUGCCCUGCUGGCUGCUCCACAGCAGGCAGUGGAAGAAGUCUUAUCAGAGGAAGAGGUCAUCAGGUGGAGCAGCUGUUUCUUGGAAGCGGAGCAGCCUCUCCUCCUGUUCUCCACAGAGAAGAGCGGGGAAUGUUUUCUGUAUUUGCAAAAGCUCAAUCCAGAUGUUCUGCACAAGUAUAACAUUGGCUCAGAGGGAAAGGGGGUGUGUCCUAUUGGCUUCACUGCAACUCUUGAGAAUAAAUGCAUCACCCUGCUGUGCUUGUAUUCCAGUGGCUGUGUCUAUAAGCUGCUUGUCUCCCUGCACCCCAGUGCGGAGGGGGAGCAGCACCUGCCCAAGUCCCUGCUGCUGAAGCUGCCUGUGUCUGAGGGAGUCCUGCACAGGGCUGCCAUCGCCUCCCUGGAGGAGGGGCACAUAGCCAUUGUAGGAGCACCGCACUCUGCAAGCACGGGUGACACAGAUUUCCUCUGCAUCUGGAACACUAACUUCCAGACGCUGCAAGCUUCAAAGAAGCUGGCGGGGGGAACGUAUGGGCAGCUGUGGUGUAAUGCAGGGAAGCUGUAUGUGACUCAUGGUAAGGUGCUGACAGUCCUCCCCUAUCGCUGUGAGAAGUCAUCACUGGCUGCUGCCCUGGGGAAGCUGAAGCAGACGAGCACGCAAGAGGUGACGUCGUCUCCUUCCGUGUUGAACUGGAAUUCUUUUCCCCAUGAAGAGGCGGCACUGGAGCAGAAAACAGGGAUGAGAACCAGGAACAGUAAAUGGAAUCUGAAGAUUCAGGCUACAUUGGCCACGUCAAUCAACCAAGUGUUAGAAGACAUAAAGGGAGUUUCCAGAGAGGAGGUGGAGGAGGUGCUGGAGCCCUUCCUGUCGUGUUCCCCCGUCUCCCCGCAGUUCCAGCUCGGUCUCGCUGACAUCGCUGUGGAGCUGCUGAAACGCUGCCAGGCCGACCCUGGCUUCUACCCACAGAGUGUGCUGGCGCGUCUCACACAGACUGGCAGACUGUCCCACAGUUCAUGCCCCGGAUUCCUGAUGCUUGUGUUGGAAAAGCGCGAUUACUUCCUUGCACAGCUGUGUCUGCAGCACUUCCCUGACAUUCCUGAGGCUGUCACCUGCGCCUGCCUGAAAGCCUUUCUCAGUGUUGCGGAUGCAGACCUGGUGCGGGUGAGUGUGGACCUGGAGGGCGUCUCCCUCAUGGACGGCCCGGGACAGUCUCUGGAGGGGGUACAGAACGGGUUCAGCCCCGUCCUGCUGGAGGAGGACAGCUGCGAUGUCCAGCUCACUUCCCCCAAACUGGACCAGAGCAGCUCCUGGACAGACGUGAGCCUGACCUGCCCAGUAGGACUGAAAAAAAGUGCUCUGCUUAAUGAAAUCAUCCAGUCCUCCUACAGUGAAAGCUUCCUCCUGCCUCAUUUGAAGGACCUCUCAGCUCAGCAAAUCAUUCUGUUUCUGCAGUACCUCCAGUAUCUGUACGUGAGAUCUUCAGGGGACGUCUACACACAGCUCCCGGGGCUAAGAGCACCAACAAUUACCCAGAUCACGGACUGGAUAAGCUUGUUACUAGAUGCUCAUUUUGCAGUCUUGGUAAUGGCACCAGAAGCAAAGGGGCUACUAGCACAGCUCCACAGAUUUGUCAGGUCCCAGGUGAGGCUGUAUUCUGAGCUGGGGAAGAUCCAGGGAACUUUACAGGAACUCAGCAAAAUAAAGCAAGCACAAGAGAUUGGCUUGUACUCCAUUGAAGUUAUUGAGCUGCUUUAAAACAAACUCUGUGUGUGCGUGCGUGCGUGUGUGUGUUGUGUCCCAUCACGUAAUUCAUAUUCUUCAUGCAUAUGCAUUUCAGCUGUAACAUGCUUCUUUUGAUAAGUACGUAGUGUACUUUUCUGUUGGAUAGGAUAUGUAAAAUGUAAGCUAAAGUAUUCAGUAUCCUUGGGUCUCUAGCUCCUUGACUGUUAUCAGUGGUUACCAGUUCACUUGUAAAUGGUUGCUUACUGUGUAUAUUAAUAUGUAAUUCACUGCCAUUUCAACCAGGCAUUUUUUUUACUGCGUUGCAAUGGGUUGUUUUAUCAAGUGUAACCAAAUCUCUCGCUGAUCACUCCACCUAUUAAUUACAUGAAGACCUAAUGUGCUGCUCAGCAAUAUUGUGCAAAACAAUGUAAAGGCUAUAAACUUUGCUAUUAAUUAAUUGCAUGACAUUAAAGCUGGUCCCCUGUGAUCCCCAGGAUUUCUAUUAACAGGAGGUCUUCAUGAGUGCAUCCUAUUUGAAACAGUGUUUUCCUUUUGGAAUAAGGGGGGUAGGCUGUGCUGGGGGGUUGGGAGGUGAAGCACCUGCAUUUGCAGUGUGUAUCAUUGUACAGCUGGGGGAAAGCUAGGGGGGAGGGGGGAGCUGGUGCAGGAAGCUUCAUGUCACCCCCAGUGCAAACUGACUGUUUUGAUUUCUAUCAUUUGCAAUGCAUACACCGGCUGUUUGUUGAAAUAUGUCGUCUUUUACAUGCAACAGAUUUGUGAAAAAUAAUAAAUACAUUUUCUUAGUAAAAACAAAAAA